AUGAGAACCAGGAAAGCGAAGCGUCCAGGUGGAAUCGACUGUCCAAUUGAUCUCGAAUCGGAACCGGAAUCACCAUUGCCCGUUUCAGAUGGCUUUAUUCCCGUUUCAAAACACCGUACAUGUUGGAAGCACAUGGCAGCUUGCUUACACCAACGCAAAACUAAGAUAUCUAAGAGGAGGUUAAGGAGACUUCAAUUAACAUCAAAGUGUUUCUCAGGUACUUUUCCCUCUCGCUUGAGAUCGAACAGGGUAGCUAAGCGCAAGUUGGGCAAAGCUGAUGUCACCCAAGAAGGAGCGAAGCUAGAUACUGCACAAUUUGAUUGCUAUUUCAGCGAUGUUUGGAGCCGUUUGUCUGAGGACAAGAAGAGUUCCUUUGCCUAUCUGGAAAGCUUGUGGUUUUACACGUAUAUGCUACCAGGCUGGAAAGGGAAGGCCAUUCGAUGGAUCAGGGAUAGGGCAAUUUUUAACAAGAGAUAUGUUAUCGUUCCUAUAGUUCUCUGGGGUCAUUGGAGCCUCCUAAUCCUCUGCAACCUUGGUGAAAGUUUAGAGUCGGAGAAUGGGAAACCAUGCAUGCUGUUGCUUGAUUCGCUUGAAAAUGCAGGUCCUGGGCGCAUUGAGCCAGAUUUAAGGAAGUUUCUGUUAGAUAUUUACAGAUCAGAGGGCAGGGCUGUAAAUAAAAAGUUAAUUCAUCAGAUUCCGUUGUUAAUACCAAAGGUACCACAGCAAAGGGAUGAUGUAGAAUGCGGGAAGUUUGUACUUUACUUCAUUCAUUUGUUUGUGCAAGAUGCCCCAGAGAGUUUCAGCUUGGGGGACUACCCUUACUUCAUGAAUCGAACGUGGUUCACUCCUGAAUGUUUGCAGCAGUUCUUUGAGGAAUUGGAUUUGGUUAAGAAAGACGUCUAG